CCUGAGCAGCUGUUGUAGUGGUCGUGACUUAUGUGAAAGUGCAGCUCCUGGGUCACCAUUUGGACUCCAUACUCCUGUGAGCUGAGUGUGGGCGCCUCCAUGGGUUGUGUCACAUAAUACUGGGUAUUAUAUAGGCACAUCUGGGAGGCCUAGACUCCCAUAAUCAGGCCUACUCAGAAUUUUUUUUUUUCCCGUGGAAAUUUUUGAUUUGGGGGGGGUGAAGAUUUUCGUUUUUUUUGGUGAUAAUGGCGGAUAAACUAGGCCUAGAUGGUGAAGUGAAGGACCUGAAGCUGGGAGAAACAUUUAAUAAGAACUACAAGGAAGGAGCCUAUCACACCAUAAGAUAUGACUUCAAGCCAGCCAGUGUUGACAAACAGAAAAUGGGCACGGUGGAAGUGGAAGGAAAUCACCAGGUGUCUGUGACUGUGCCGCACGUUGAGGGUUCUGGCACAUCCCAGACCGUCUUCAAGGGAAACCAUAAGCCCGUUGCCAAAGAAUGCAUCCUCAUCAUUGACCACGUCACCGGGGAGAUUGUGCUGGAACGCAUAUCACAAACCAUCAGUGUUAAAACCACUAGACCUGAAGGAAGCAGCAGACUUCCAACACAGCGACCGACAACGCCUCUAGAUCCAUCGUCACGGAGGAAUUCCCCUCCACAGAAAUGCUCACCUUCCCACUCCAUUUCCCGUGGUUCUUCUAAUGCACUUUCAAAACCUUCUCCGUCACAUCUAGCAUCUCCACAUGCCAGAUCUCCUCUUCCUAACAAGAGUCCCAACAAUAAUCACUGCACAGCUCCUGGAUCAAUGCCAAUGUUGGGUCUUGAAGAAUCUGAUACUGUCACUAAGGAGAUGAGUGAUUCUUCGAGCGAUUCCGACAGCAACAGCAGUUCCUCCUCCUGUAGCGAGUCCGACUCAGAGUCCGAACCUGAGCAAGAUGCGACAGCAAAAAAGACCAAUGGGCACGGUGCCACAGCAAAUGGAACCAACGACUUAAUCAAUGACCUCGCAUUGUCUUCUGUUUCGGAAGACAGCGAUUAAUUUCCUAGCUAGAUUUUCAGUCUACCUAUAAUUAAAGAAGGUAGUAAAAAAAUUUCUGUGUAUAGAUAAAACAUAUGCCUUUAUAUUUUUUAGUGACUGAAAGGCAAGCCAUAAUUUUACUAUACUUUUCUAAAUGUAUAAGUUAAUGUUGAUAAUUGUUGUGGUGGGUGUGGAUGGUGUUCUCUUAGCCUUAGUGAUCUUGUGCUUCAGACAUCCUUAAGGAAACUGUCUGAGGUUUGUGAAAGCUUAUUGUGAAUUUCAAAUUUUGUUGGUGUCGUCGGUAACUUUCAGUGCCUUUUUUUUUUUUUUUUUUUUUUUUUUUGUAAUGAAGUUUGCGUUGGUAAGCAAUGUUAAUUUUUCUGGAUAUUGUGAUUUUGAAGGGAUAAAAACUGUUUAUUUCAAAUCAGUUUUCACACUGUAAAUAGAGGUGGUCCUUAAUUUACAAACACCCAUACUUAACAUCCGUACUUAACGACUGUACUUGACAUUCACACUUGACAUUCACACUUGACAUUCACACUUGACAUCCGCGCUUGACAUCCACAUUUACAAAUAUACACACAUAGGAAGCAAAUUAAGUUUUACAAUUCUUGAACUGCAGAAACAAAUAAGUCAAGCCUAACUAUCCUUUGUGUUAUUGUUUUCCACACCAGGAACACAGUUGUGGGUUGAAACACAGCAAAAGUAACACAAAUGUAGGUUGAAACACAAGAAGUGACAUUUUUGUAAGUUGAAACACCUGUUUAGUAGCACAUAAGUUGACACACAAGGAAAGUUAGAGACCUGCAGUACAGUGGACCCCCGGUUAACGAUAUUUUUUCACUCCAGAAGUAUGUUCAGGUGCCAGUACUGACCGAAUUUGUUCCCAUAAGAAAUAUUGUGAAGUAGAUUAGUCCAUUUCAGACCCCCAAACAUACACGUACAAACGCACUUACUUAAAUACACUUACAUAAUUGGUCGCAUUUGGAGGUAAUCGUUAUGCGGGGGUCCACUGUAGUUCUUUUACAGAAAAUUUGUUGACAUGCCAAGUGACAUUUGGUUGUCUUGCUCUUUUCUCUCUCUCUCUCUACCAGUUCUCACUUUUCUCUAAUUCUUAGUCUUUCCUCUUUCUUUUUUCUCUCUCUCCUCUAUUUCUUGCUUCUAAUUUUUACUCUCCUUCAUUUCUUGUACUCUUCCUUUUCCUGCUCUUUCCCCUCAGUUCCCUUGAUGCUGGUGAGGGGACACGAGCAGAGGAGCUGGACUUGUUUGCCCCCUCUUUGGAUCAAACCUGAAUGCCUUCCAUUCCUCCAUAUUUUCAUUGUCACUUUAUCGCUGACAUUGGGAAUUUUUUGAGGAAGAUGGAAGAGUAUUGUGUUUGUAAUACAUGGAUGCUAAAUUACCAAUUAUCUUGAUGGGUUAAUUCCUCAGGGAUUGAAGGGUUGGCAAAAAUUAGAAUAUUGCAGUGUUUCAGAUUAGCCAUGUUGUUUUGGGUUUGUAUGCCUGCAGGCUUCUGGCAGCAACAGUCUGGUUAACCAGCACCCAGUAAUGAUGUCGGGCAUCAGAACAGGUUUUGAGAGCAGAAUUCUUGGCGAAACUAGCCACAGGUACGUUGGAUCGUUGUCUUUUCACUACCAUCGUACAUUUUAGUGCAGUAGAGAAGAAAAAGGCACAGUACCGUGACUGGAACAAUACACAAAUAACCCACACAUUAGAGAGAAACUUAAGAAGACAUUUUGGUCCAACUUGCCCUAUUUAAGUCAUAAGCUUCUCUCUCCUAUGUGCGUGUUAUUUAUGUGGUGUUUAGUGCUCUAAGAUGUGAAGGAACAUUUUGAACACUAGUCGCAAAAUCUAUCGUGCACUUUGCAAUUCACAUUGCCGCUACUUGAUACUGUCAACUGUUACCCCAAACACCUUCAUGCAGGGCACAUGUAAAUUUUAUGAACUUAAUUGUGCUGUACACACAUUCUAUUGACCUGUGUGCUUCUUAUUAGUUCCUAGUCUUGUUGUAACACUCACUAUACUUUACUGUAUUGUGUGCUUCUUAAUCACAUUCUUAAUAACACAUUCUUAAUAACAUUCACUAUACUUUACUGUCCUAUGUGCUUCUUAAUAGUUCCUAAUCUUAAUAACAUUACUGUUCUGUCCUAUGUGCUUCUUAAUAGUUCCUAAUCUUAAUAACAUUACUGUUCUGUCCUAUGUGCUUCUUAAUAGUUCCUAAUCUUAAUAACAUUACUGUACUGUCCUAUGUGCUUCUUAAUAGUUCCUAAUCUUAACAUUCACUAUACUUUACUGUCCUAUGUGCUUCUUAAUAGUUUCUGAUCUUAACAUUAUACUGUCUGGUCUGAGGCACUGUGGAAGAGGUGAUCGCGAUCAUCCUUAUCAGAGAACACUAAGAGAUAUGAUUGAAGUGUAAUUAACACUUGUCAGUGCUCAGUAAUAAUCCACAUUUAGACAAACUCAGGAGAUUAAUUGAUCUGUAUAUAUCGACCCCUUUCUGCUGAAGAGGAUCCCAGGAGAGGGUUGAAAUAUACAGAUCAAUUAUAUCCUGAGUUUGUCUCCAUGGGGGUUAUUAAUCACUAAGAUGUGUGAUUAUUCAUGUACAUGAGGUCUUCAAACUUUAAAAAUACCACAAACUCGACACAACUACAAAGCUUUUGUAUCAGCAUAGUUGAAAGUACUAUUCUUUGUAAUAUUGUUUUUAAGUUGAUUCACCAGGCAUGCAGCUUUUUCAAGUUUAAAGUUCAGGAACUUUUUUGUUAGUCGAAACACUAGGCACAACUUGUUUGCAAGUUUAAACACCAGAUAUCCAAUGUGUUUGUAAAUUAAAACACCAGAAACACAACAUAUUUGUAAGUUUAAACUCUUGGAACACAACUUGUUUGCAACUAAAAUGAUAGGAACACAACUUGUUUGCAACUUAAAAUGUUAGGAACACAACUUGUUUGCAACUAAAAUGUUAGGAACACAAUGUGUUUGCAACUUAAAAUGUUAGGAACACAACUUGUUUGCAACUUAAAAUGUUAGGAAUGCAACUUGUUUGUAAGUUUUGGACCUCUUGUCUGUCUGUGUGUAAAAAUUUCCAUUUAGUAACUGAAGUUACUAAAGUUUUAUCCCCAAAGACCUAAAAAUAGGUUAUCCACAUUCAGUACUUUAGUCAGGCUUAUGGGUAAAUAUUGCUUACUAAACCACCUGGUAUUUAUUUUUUACACGACUUCAUUGCUUAUAGAGAAUGCUGAACUAUUACUGAAUUUUCUCAUAUUUAAUAGUCAUUUUUUAGUCUCUUGUAUGUAAAUCAGACGAAACUAAAAUCUGUUAAUGGAUUAUGUUAUGAAAAUAGUUUGAGAUGGUAUGAUUGUUUUUUUAAGUGACAGUGUGUCCAUCUUCCUCAUGAGGCAAAGGAAAUUUAAUGUGUAUCCUUUCUCAGAUUUGCCAAAUGCACCAGUAGUAGUUAUAUUGUAAGCUUUUCAAAUUUAUUUCAAUGUUUUUUAAUGAAUUAUGAAUUGUCUCUUGACAGAAUUAAGUCGCUCAAUGUACAGUGGUGUGCAAUAUAAAAAAGGAGUAUGUAGAUAAAAGGUGCAAGGAACAAAAAGGCACAAUACCAUGACUGGAAUAAUACACAAAUAACCCAUACAUAGGAGAGAGAGGCUUAUGACGUUUCGAUCUGACUUGAGCCAUUUACAAGUCCAGGUCGGACUGAAUCAUCUGCCACAGGCUUCUCUACUAUGUGUGUGUUAUUUGUGCAAGAUAAAGGUGUGUUUAGUAACUUUAUAAUAAUUAUAAUGAUGCAAUGGAACAGAAAUUUGAGUAUGUUAAAUCCUUACACUGUAGGGAAUUCCUCAAAAUAUAUUUGCUGUUUAUAGUUUUUUUGAUCAGUCACUACAUGGAAAAUUACAUUUAUGUAAGUAGGUCUAUACACUUCUGUAUAUAAUUAAUUGUAAUGACAGUAUUGUUAUUUUAGUGAAAAUAAUUAUAGUUAACAUUUCACAACAUUAAAAUAAAGUCCUGUAAUUUUGAA